AUGCCUGCUCUGCCGCCUUUUCCACGACGGCCGAUGGGCGAGCUUGCCAAAGCCCCCCUUGUCGCCUCUUCAUCGCUUCCAACAAGAGCAAUCGAUAGCGACGCCGCCACCCUCGUUGCUCGCCAGCAACAGUCGCCUACCUUCGUCGUCAUCCCCGAGACAUACAAUGCUACUCACAGCUCCCUCUCAACCGGCGCCAUCGUCGGCGUUGUCAUCGGCUCUGCCGCCGGCUUCAUCCUGCUGCUGCUGAUAUUGUACACCAUUCUCGGCUUUGGCCCGUUCUCCAGCCUCUUCCGCACCAAGGAAGUUGUCGAGACCAAAUCUUAUGUUUCACGAAGCAUGCUGAGCUCGGCACGCCCAAAGACCAAGAAACCCAGGAGAAAAGUACCCACAAUGCUGUCAAUCCGACGAGAGCGCACCACGAAGACGACCAAACGCAGGGCUGAGAGAAGAGGGAAAGCGCCCGAAGUAGUCGAGCCCAUGAGGAGAAAGAGGGAGCCGUCACCGCUGACCACCAUCACUUCAUCGUCCUCUGGGGCACCCGGCCGAGCACCGAGGGACCAUCUGCCCUCCGACUACGACGAAGAGAAUGAAGUGGUUGUUAUUGAAGAGACUGAGCCGUCCUCGAGACGGCACAGCCACAAAGCCGGUCCGUCGAGGAACACGGGCAAGGGAAGGAGAUCGAGCAGCCGGAGAUCUGGCUACAGCGAAGACGACGACAGGAGAUACCGCCGCUGA